GCUCCUGCCACAAGCCUGGAAUACAGGGGGGGUGGAAAGUUGCUUUGAAUGGACAAUGAUUAGAGAUACAAUGAAGGCUUGGAGUGACAGUCAGUCAGAUCUUUACAGCAGUGACCUAGAAGAGGAGGAAGAAAUGAUUUUUGGAGAAAAUGAAGAAGACUUGGAAGAGAUGAUGGAUUUAAGUGACCUGCCUACCUCACUCUUUGCUUGUAGUGUUCAUGAAGCAGUGUUUGAAGUUCAAGAGCAAAAGGAAAGAUUCGAAGCACUUUUCUCAGUCUAUGAUGAUCACAUUACAUUCCAGCUAUUUAAAAGCUUUAGAAGAGUAAGGAUAAAUUUUAGCAAUCCGGAAGCAGCAGCAAGGGCACGAAUAGAACUGCAUGAGACAGACUUCAAUGGGAAAAAGCUGAAGCUGUAUUUUGCCCAGGUUCAGACACCCAGUGAAGUGGGAGACAAGUCUUACCUCUUGCCCCCGCAACCUACCAAGCAGUUCCUGAUAUCGCCACCUGCAUCCCCACCAGUAGGAUGGAAGCAGAGUGAAGAUGCCACUCCCAUGAUAAACUAUGACUUGCUCUGUGCUGUUUCAAAAUUGGGGCCUGGGGAGAAGUAUGAGCUUCAUGCAGGAACAGAAUCCACUCCCAGCGUUGUCGUCCAUGUGUGUGAAAGUGAAACAGAAGAGGAAGACGAAAUUAAAAACCCCAAACAGAAGAUUGUGCAGACGAAGCGCCCAGAUCCGCCGCCAACAUUAUUAAACGAAACAAAAACUCUUGAAUGUACACUAGAGGUAGGGGGUGGGAUGCACUACUGAUUUGAAGCUAUCUGAUAAUGGCAGUGGAUGGUAGUCAUGUUUGCAUUGCUGCGUUGCGCAUAGCGGCAACAGACUUCUCUUGUAGUCGUCUCGCAUCAAGAAGACUUUAGAUGCCAACAUUUUGAAGAGCACUUUAAUUUUUAAGGUUAACUUCCAAGAUGUAGCAAAUCCACCAGGUUUCAAGUCCUAGCAUACUAGGAGAGUGCCAUUUCUGGAAUAUGUGUUACCAUUUUCUUGGUGUUCAGAAGGCUGAAAGGAACGUGGCUGCUGCCAUCUCUAUAUGAGUUACCACAUGGUUUUGUAUGUGAGUCUCUCAUGUAUAUUUUUGUGUGCUGAUGUAUAACAUGAUCUGAUUAACAUGAUGUUCUAAGUACUAUAUUGAUGAAAUAUAAAUGUAAUGUACAAUGUACAUUGUUAUCAGUAGAAGAAUCUCAAACUGGUUUGGGGUGAUAGAAACAAAUUUCCAAACAGGUUUGUUUUUUGUGUGUGUGUGUUUUCCUUAGAAAUGCCAUAGUUGUGUGUGUGUGUGUGUGUGUGUGUGUUGAAUUUCAAGGUACUCUUGUGAAUUGAUGUGAGGCAAACAAAAUUGGAACUGCAACAGGUUGUCUUUCUACUCACUGUAAUUAUGAAAACUGAAUUGUAUACAAGGAAGGUGCAGAUUAUGGAUUGAUUCCCUCUUUGGCGCAUGCUUCCUAACUUUUCUUGGCUGGUGAAAUGCCUUCUGCUGUGGCUGUUCCUAAUGCAGGAUAAUUUGUUUCUGUGUUCAUCUCGUCGCUCCAACAGCAAGAACGAUGCAGCUAGGGAGGGUCCUGUAGCCAUAUGGCUCCUUGAAAAACUUAGCCCUGCAAUUUUGCACCACUUGUGAAACCAACUGGACCCUUUACCCUGUCUCUGGGCUAUAGUAGGCAUCCCACAGCAAAGUUACAUGAGAUGCAGAAGUGCACAGUGGCCCUCUACAGCAGUCACACUGUUGCUGUCUCCCAAUGCAAGUCUGGGAGACCAUUUCAGAUCUUUCCCUCAUCCUUUCCUUAAAAGCUCAGGCUUUAUAGUCUGCUAUGUCCUGGAGCUGGUGCCCCUCCACACUUACUCUGCAUAGU